AUGACAGAACGUGAUAAACAAGAGACUUCGACAAACGGUAAUGGAAAAUUACUUGAUGAUGGCUUGAUAAGACAUGGUCGUAUUUCCUAUACGGGCAGGUUUAUUACAUCUGCUGUAUACUAUGCCGAUUCGGACGCUCUUUUUGUAGAAUUUACAGAGGAACCCGAGGACAUCGCCGAUGAAGCAACAUGUUAUCUUCUCGUAGGUUACAGCGAGACGGGAAAAAUUAAAUUUAUUCGUAUCGAUUCACCAUCAAUGCACGUUCGAGGAAUAGCGAGAGACAAGCCAACCUUUUCACUCAAGGCUGCUUAUGAUGAGAAAAAUGACGUAUUUAGGUUUAAUCUUGCUGAUCCUGUUCCUGUGACUAUUCAAAAAACUGAUACCGAAGAUAUCGAAUUGGAAAUUGAUGAUGAAGGAAAGUUGUCUGCAAUUUCAAUACUAAAUUCUUCAACACAUUCUGGAUAUGAAUCUGAACCUGACAUUUUAUUGGUACUAAAGCUUAACG